CGAAACUGCUGCAGGCCGACAUAUACAUUCCCGCCCACCACGAGGGCGUGCCCUGGGGUUCGGACUACGGUAGGAAUUGGGGAAGGUAGGAAUUGGGGGCGGUCCCGCCUUCGCCUUUGCGCUGUGCGGAUUGCAGCGCCAACACUCUUCGUCGCUGUCCGACACUCUGUUUCCGUACUCGAGGACGAACGAACUCCGCCAGAUCGGUGGCCUCCACCACCUAGGGAAGAGGAGGGAAGGCGGGCAAGUGGAAGAGGAGGGAAGGCGGGCAAGUAUGGGAGAAACGCAGAAGAAGAGAUGGCUUCCGUUGGAGGCAAACCCAGAAAUUAUGACGGAGUUUUCCAAAGGGCUAGGAGUUCCAGCGGAUGUGGCAUUCCAUGACGUGUAUGGCUUUGAUGAUGUGCUCCUCGAUAUGGUCCCCAAACCCGUUCUUGCUGUCUUGCUUCUCUUUCCAAUAAGCAAGGAGUCUGAAGAAGCCAAGAAAGAAGAGGAAGAACACAUCUUGAAGUAUGGGCAGAUGGUCAGCGAGAAGGUGUAUUUCAUGAAGCAGACGGUGGGAAAUGCGUGUGGUACGAUCGGACUUUUGCACUCCUUUGGCAAUAACAUAGACAAAUUGCACCCAGCGGAGGGGUCUUAUCUGGACAGAUUUUUCAAGGCAACAGCAGGCAUGACCCCAGAUGAGCGUGCACGAUACCUGGAAGACGAUACAGAGCUGGGGAUUGCGCAUGAGGUAGCAGCAGCCGCAGGAGACACUGAGCCUCCAGAACCAACAGCAUCCGUGGACUUGCAUUUCAUAGCGCUUGUGCAUGUCAAUGGAGGGUUAUAUGAACUUGAUGGAAGGAAAUUGUUUCCUAUUUUUCAUGGGCCGUCAUCAGAUCAAACUCUACUCUCGGAUGCUGCCAAAGUUGCUCAAGAUUUCAUUAGUAGAGCAGCUGGGAGUGUGAAUUUCAAUGUCAUUGCACUUUGCAAGAACACCGGUUAGUUUUGAAUCAUUUGAUAAAAGCAGUGACCAAUCCUAGAGCAACUAUUAUUCUGAGCAGAAUUGUCUUAUUGGUUUGCCAAAGAGGGGGUUUGAGUUAUGGAAGCCGGCCUUUCAUUCUCAGCGCCACUGCUUUUUCGCAGAGCUGUUCAGCGCUUUUUCAGAGCUGUUCUGGAAGGCCUUUCCUUAAGUGCGUUGAGGGGCUUGUGGUGCUUUUUUGAGUGCUUUUGUUUUUUUUAGUGUUUUUCUGCAGUGCUGUUUCCUGAGUGCAUAGAAUGCCUUGUGGUGCUUUUGAGUGCUUUUCUGGAGUGGAUUUCAGCUGCGUGUUUGUGUUGUUUGUCAGUGGCUUCCAGUAGUGUUUCCCAGAGGUUUUUAAUUUUCCUUGUUCUCUUCGGAAUCUUUGAUGAAAGCCGGCACAAUUGUCGCAAUGUGAACCGCAGUGUUCUUCUUUUGCUUGUCAAAAUUUUGUGUCCUUUCAAAAAACAAAGAGCUAUUAUACGG